UCUUCUUCCCUUUGGCCGGGACGGGAGUUACAGAGAGUGAGAGGGAGAGAGUGAGAGCAGAGUUCAGAGAGAGAAAUGGAAGCAGCCAUCGCCAACAAUCCUCCUCUUUUGGGUUCGAAUCUCAAGAUGAUAAAUGUGAAGCAAGCUGUGAAUGUUUCCAUCCCAAGUAUGUCUUCAAAAAUGGCUCAUGUCUCCCUUCAAAGGAGAUACUUGCCUCGAGAAUUCGGUGGAAGGAGGAAUAAUGAAGGUUCCCGAGCUGUUUUUGCUGCAGUAUCAGGCAUUGAAAAUGUUGAGACUCCUUCUCAUUUUGAAGACUUUUCAGUUACCAACACAACUAGCAGCAGUGAUAGAGACUUGAAGAUAAGGGUCGAGGUAUCUGGUGCCAAAACUCAAGUGAUUUUCAAUGAUGUGUUUGACAAGUUGGUUGCUGCUGCCCAGCCAAUUCCAGGGUUUCGUAGAGAAAAAGGAGGGAAAACACCGAACAUACCCAGAGACAUUUUGCUAGAAAUUCUUGGACCUUCUAAAGUUUACAAGCAAGUGAUAAAGAAUGUCAUUAACUCCACUGUUGCUGAGUAUGUUCAGAAGAACGGCUUAAAAGUUGGGAAAGAUUUGACGGUUGAGCACAGUUUUGAGGACCUAGAAGACAGUUUUGAACCAGGUGAAACCUUCAGUUUCAGUGCAGUCGUGCAGCUGCUGGAAUGAAAUGAACCGGACAGCGUCUUGAUUAUGAUGCUCAGCAUUCUUAGGAAAAUCAAGAAAAUCUUACAUGACUGGCCUCCAUGUAAACGAGGAGAGGAUGAAUCGAAGUUCUUUGUAUGUGCGGCUGAGUGGGCUUUUGAAUUUUUUGCAGUUUUACUAAUGAGCAGUCAAGUUUAGGAAGAGCAGCCAAAGAUGUCAUUUGAGUGGUGAUAUGGAACGUCGCGGGGAAGGUUGAGAAUUGCUACCUAUUGGAAAGAUGUGGAUUCUCUUCUCAAUCCAUAGGCUUCAAGAUGGGACACAUACUGUCAUCAUAAAUAGUACAGGUCUCACGCCAAGUUCAUGGACGUUGUUGCAUUGAUAAAGCUACUAGCCCAAGUCCCCCUUGUUAUUCUCUCCGAUCAAAAUUCGAUUUUGCAUUUUUUUGCCCCCGUCCCAGGUGCAUUUUUAGCGUUAAUGAAGCCAUUCUUGGAACAUUUGAUGCAUACUUGCUCCAGUUUGUGUGCUGUAACUAUUCAAAGAUCAUAUUUUUACGUCUA